AUGAGAGGACAGGUCACAUAUUCUACUUUCUCCCCAAGGGAUCAAAUCAAGUCUAAGAAUGAUAAUGCACUUAUUAUCAACAUAUCUCAACUUCUGAGCUCAUUCAAUGAAAUUGUCUCCUAUCUCUAUGAGAGUGUAGGAAAUGAUAUUGUAGAAACUAAACAACAUCUCAAAAGAGGAUCAUGCUCACAACUAGAAAUUGUUUUUGCAAGCUUUGGCUUGCUUAGAGACUAUGCUACAAAGGGAAAAUUUGAUAACAACAAAAUUACUAUACAAAACUUGCCGCUUUUUAUACAAAAACAACAAGGUACUUUAGGGGCUGAGGCCCUUACAUACAAGAAAUGUAAGCAAGAUAGUAUAGAAACAUCUAGCAUAAAUAACCCAGGGUUCAACAGAAAAAAUAAAAAGGCAAGAACUUCAGCUACUGAAAAAGAAAAUUUAGCCGAAAUUUGGGAAACAAGCUAUAAAAAUGCAGAAAAUAAGGAGUUACUCCAAACAGUAGGCCAGAACUCAGACAACACAGUUAACAUUGCAAGCAGCAGUAGUAUGCAGGAAAAUACAGCAAAAAACAAAAAAGAAACAGUUGAGAAAACCAAAGUGGCAGAAGAAGAAAACAGCUGGUUUACUUAA